AUGAAGCGAGCUUAUAGUCAAUUUCAACUGGAAGGUGAAAAUUGUGAUAUUUCUGUUGUUGAGGAGGAGCCAAAAAUCAAAGAUCCUCUUCAAGUUUUUGGCCCUCCACCACCAUUACCUCCCCCGCCAUUACCAAUUAGUGCACCAAUUCCUCCACCUUUAUUUGACAAUCAAUCACCAAACAUUCAAAGUGUUUCUUUUAUUUAUUCGAAUGAAAAACAACAAAAUAUUAAUUAUAAUAUUAGCCAAUCUAUUACUGAUAACAAUCGUUGGUCUGCUGCUGAUAGUUCUUCUUCUGGUAGUUUUUAUAGCGAUCCUUGGGCAGCGUCUGAUGCUGAAACAACAACUUCUGCAGAUAUUUCUGUUCAAAGUAAUCAAAUGACAAAUCAAGUAUUUCCACCACUUCGAGCAGCACUUACAGGGGAUUCACAAUAUCGGCGAUGUUUUGCGCCCUCAAAUGAGUUUGGACAAUCUUUUUCAAUAUUUUCUACUUCAAAUAGUAUUGCUAGAGCUAGACCACGUUCCCAUACACCUCUUGUUUUUGGACCUUCAUCUACUAAUACAUUUUCAAAAUCUCAAAUGGCAACAACAACACCUUUAAAUCAAAGAAAUACUUCGCAAAAUAUCGAUUCAUCUUCAACACAAGGAAUUAAAACACUUGACCAUCCAAUUGUUGAACUACCACGAAAAUGA